ACUGAUAACAAAAUUUAAACCUCGCUUCUGUGGGCUUCAUUUUUAACUACAUCAUUCUUAAGUUGACUAAAUCAGACAUUUAUAUUGAAAAUUUAUUUUACAGAAAAUAUAUUGCCCAUUUUUAUACUUACUAAUUCAUUUUUUAAUUUUUAUAAUUUUCGUAAAAAUGUCCUUAGAAGAAGUUGAAAAUAUUAAAAAACGCAUAGAAAACUUUAAGAAAACUCUUAUAGAGUUAACCGCAACAGAAAACAAUGAAACUCACCACACGAUUCGUGAAAUGUCUGCUGAAGUAGUUGAUUCCAAUCCUUAUAGUCGACUUAUGGCUUUACAAAGAAUGGGUAUUGUAAAAAAUUAUGAAGAUAUUCGAAAGUAUACUGUAGUUGUUGUUGGAGUUGGUGGAGUUGGAAGUGUUACUGCAGAAAUGCUGACACGAUGUGGAAUUGGAAAAUUAAUUUUGUUUGACUAUGAUAAAGUUGAAUUAGCUAAUAUGAAUAGACUAUUCUAUCAACCUUCUCAAGCAGGAUUAAGUAAAGUAACUGCAGCCUCAAUGACAUUGACACGUAUAAAUCCUGAUGUUAAAAUUGAGACUCAUAAUUGUAAUAUUACCAUAACUACACAUUUUGAUAAUUUUUUAAAUACAUUAAAAACUGGAAGCUUAAAUGGGGAUUCAGUGGAUCUUGUAUUAAGUUGUGUAGAUAAUUAUGAAGCUAGAAUGACAAUAAAUACUGCUUGCAAUGAAUUAGGUUUAAAAUGGUUUGAAUCAGGAGUAAGUGAAAAUGCUGUAUGUGGCCAUAUACAAUAUAUUGUACCUGGAGAGUCUGCUUGCUUUGCGUGUGCACCGCCUUUAGUUGUCGCUUCAGAAAUUGAUGAAAAAACAUUAAAAAAAGAUGGUGUUUGUGCUGCAAGUUUACCUACCACAAUGGGUGUCAUAGCUGGUCUACUUGUUCAAAAUACUUUGAAAAAACUAUUAGGAUUUGGAACAAUCUCUUGGUAUUUGGGAUACAAUGCCUUAACAGACUUUUUUCCAAGUAUGAUGAUAAAACCAAAUCCCAAUUGUAGUGAUAAUUUUUGUAUCAAGCAACAAGAAGUGUUUAAAAAUAAAGUUAUUGAAGAACCUGCAAAUAUUUCAAGUGAAAUUUCUUCAGAAAAUAUUGUGAUACAUGAUAACAAUGAAUGGGGAAUAUCACUCGCAGAUGAUACACCAGGAACAAAUAAUACAUUAACAGAAAAUAAUGAAGAAGUUAAAGGAGAUACGGUUAACAAAAAUACUAGUAUUAAAAGUGAAAAUGAAGAAUAUUUAUCUCUGAAUGAAGGAAUAGAGUAUUCAUAUCCAAUAGGAAAUAAUACAGUACCUAAUGAGGAAUCUAUAGUUAAAGAGACUGAUUUAAGUGUAGAAGAACUAAGGGCUCAAAUGGCUUUAUUACAAUCUUAAAAAAAAUUCCUUAAAAAUUAUUAAUUCAUUAACAUAAGAGUUAAAAAUGUAUAAUGAAUAAAAUAAUUUUAUACAUAUAUUCAUUUUUAAUAAUUCGUUAAAAAUAUUAAAUUUACUUCAACGUACUUCUUAAAAAGUCCAAUUGUUAUUAUUAUUUUUUAAAUGAACAUUGUGAUUUAUAUACAUAAUUGAAUUUAAUAAUAAGCAUGUUUAAUUUUUUUUUUUUUUUUUUGUAUUUUUCAAC